AUGGCCGCAUCCCUCCUUCAGAAGCAGAUGGGCUUAAGCUCGUCUGACCCGCAAGCGUCGCUCCGGCUCUCCCAGAAAGCUCCCUCAUUCCUCCAAAGCCAACCGUCUCGGUUCCCUUCCUUUCCGUUCUCGAUAUUCUCCCAGAAAGAGUCACCUGAGCUAUGGAUGAACUAUGAGCAGCUGCUGGCUGCGUGUCUACGGACAGGCGACGAUAAAUCUGCGCGGGAGUGUCUGGACAGACUGUCGUCCCGGUUUGGAGAACAGAACGAGCGGGUGAUGGGAUUAAGGGGAUUAUAUGACGAGGCGACGGCGGCGGACGAGGCAGCUUUAAAACAAGUGCUCAGUAAAUAUGAUGCAAUUCUACAAGAGAAUCCCGUAAAUGUGCCAGUAUUGAAAAGGCGCAUUGCUGUUCUACGGACGCUGUCCAGACACGCAGAGUCCAUCUCAAGUCUAGUCGAAUUCCUCGAUGCGUUUCCAACAGAUGCCGAGGCGUGGUGUGAGCUAUCAGACCUAUAUCACAGCCAAGGCCUAUCUUCGCAAUCCAUAUUUUGCCUUGAGGAAGCCCUGCUCAUCGUGCCGAAUGCCUGGAAUCUCCAUGCCAGGCUAGGCGAACUGCAAUAUAUCUCUACCAGCACGCCCGAAGCUUCAGAGGCAUCACUAAAAACCCUGGCGGAAUCUGUACGACGGUUCUGCCGAAGCAUUGAACUUUGCGACGAUUACUUGCGCGGGUACUACGGUCUGAACCUGAGCACUGCCCGACUCCUGGAGAGGUUGGGACCCAAGUCUAGACGCGACGAUACGCUGCCGACUCUCGAGACGACGCAGAAACUUCAUGAUCUAUCGAUAAAGAAGCUGCGUGAGAUCGUAAAGGAGAGGUGUGUGGGUGGGAAGAGCCCCGAGUUUAAUGAGAGCGAGCUGAUUGCUGCGCAGGCCCUGCUUGACAAGCUGGAGGAAUCAGGUUGA